AUGAAAGUUGUUUCUUUAUUUUCCGGUAUAGGCGGUAUAGAUUUGGGAUUAGUUAAUGCGGGCCAUGAAAUUAUUCUUCAGGUGGAGAAUAAUCCGCAUUGUAUCCAGGUGCUUAAAAAAAAUUUCCCUGCAACCGCAAUAGUUUUAGAUAUAGUUACACUUCAAAGUCUUCCUGAAGAAACAGAUAUCGUCGUGGCAGGUUUCCCUUGUCAAGACUUAUCAACUGAGAAUCAGAAUCGAGCAGGGAUUGAAAAGGGACUACGCUCUAGUCUUGUUUCACAUGUUUUUCGUUUACUCCGAAGCAAGAAGGUGCCAUGGGUCAUUUUUGAAAAUGUACCCGGGCUACUUAAUUGGCAUUGGAAUCAGACUCCCCCACAACAACCUGGUAUUGCAUACAUAACUAGAGAGCUCGAACAGCUCGAUUACCGUUGGGCGUAUCGAGUCGUCGACUUGGCAUCAUUUGGAAUUCCUCAUAGUCGUUCGCGUGUUUUUAUUGUUGCUUCAAUUCAUGGAGAUCCAAGGGAUAUACUAUUGUCCCAGGACAUCCAUUGCCAAGGACAGUGCUCAAAUAUGUUUCCAAGUAAAUCUAAUGAAUGUUACACUUGCUCGUGUCAACAACCCAGUAUUGACUCAAAUACUGUAGCUUGUGUGGAUCUUGGAGAAAAACGUCAUCCUCCGUACCUAAAUAUUCUGCACUGUUUAACGACUGCUAAUGGAAGGCGAACUUGUAUUGUACGUAAUGCGUACAAUAAUAUCAAUGAUACAAAAAAAAGUUGCACGAUGCUUGAUGUUAGGGAUGCUGAGAGGUUAUUCGGGUUCCCCGAAGGGUGGACUGAAUCAUGUUACCCUAUUAUCAAUCCAGAUAAGCCAGCUGCAAGUAAAUUUGACUGCAAAAUCCAGACUCAAAAGCGUUUAUCAGUUCUUGGGAAUUCUUGUGCAGUACCUAUAUUUUUUUGGAUUGGUCAACAAUUGAAUGAACCUUAUAUUUCUAAAUUUAUGAUGGCUUCAAUCGGAAGACCAUUUGUAGCAGAAUGUCCAGGAUUCCGGGACACAUCUGCAUGGCCCUGCUGUGCUUGGAAUGUUUCACCCCAGUUAUUCUGGAAAGGACGAUAUGGGAUCUCAGGAAUAAGUUCUUCGCCUAAACUUUACCCAUAUAUAAAACUCGGCGACUUUUUGCGCUAUGGAGACGAUAUUCCAAAUUCAACAAUUUGCAAAAAGUUUCUAAUGCGUUUGAAAAAGCAAGGUUUUGAACUUUUGGAUUUUGUAGUAAAUGGUAUGCUCAGAACACAUAAGCCAGUAGUGCAAGAACGUUUAGGCUCGUCAAGUGAUGUAUCUGAAUCAGACGAACCACAAAUCUACUGUGAAAAUCAGAAUGAUAACAAUAGUCCAACUAAUGAUUCGAAUGAGUCAGAAGGAGAGAAGAUUAUGUUCGCCUCAUAUAGCCUAUACGGAAAUAUGUCACCAAAAGUGCUCUGGCCAGUUAUUUCUGUUCGAUCAAAAGGAGCAACUAUUUUAAAGUGCGACUCAAUUAAAGACUCAUACACUCCGAUUACGAGCGAUCAUCAGUUCGUAAUUAUGGGGAGUGAUCAAAUUUUGAUAUCUUCAAAAGAGACCGAAUGCCAAGAGUUCUUUUCUUCAUAUGGACGUGCACGAAGCCAGCUAAUAUGUUCUUCUCAAAAAGAAAAUUACAUUGUGUCCAUUGAUCAAGCAUUGUCAAAGUUUCGAGCUCAAAAUUUGGAUUAUUUUGACAUAUUUGAGCAAGGGACGACGCCAUCUUUAAAGAAAGCACAGCCUUGUGGGAAUUGUAAAGUUUGUAUAAAAGCUAAUAAAAGAGUCUUAGAUGCAAAAACUAAAAAUUUACAAACAUCGCUACGACUUCAGACAAAUCCUAUGAGGAAAGAACAGCAAGUUACAAAAGAACCUUCUAGAUCUUUAUAUGACUCUUGUCCGUUAAUUUUAUCAACACGACUGGCCCAUCAAGGUCAUCAAGGAGCUGCGAUAGCGCUUUUGCAAGCUCGUGCAGUUGGGAAGCGAGUUAAAAUUUUAUGGUCUCACGACAAUGAAUUUUUUGGAGGUACAAUUACAAACUUUGACCCUCUUAGCUUUACUCAUUCAGUUUUAUAUGAUGAUGCAGAUGAAGAUCCAGGCUUGCAAAUGUGGCGAGAAAUCAUCAUUUCUAUAUGA